AUGCUGCAAGCCUUCAUUGGGAUGUUUACCCUGGUGAACAACACGGCGUCCUUCCCUGGGGAGGCGUCGUACGUCGCAGCACCCGGAUUCCCGACUUCUGCUUUCGCAUCAUACUAUGACUCGCCAGCCCUGCCAACUAAAGAGCCUCAGCCUAUUAUCUACGACCCAAUCUUGGACUACACCUUCCCGUUUGAGUUGACUAACCCUGAUGCCAUUCCUGCGGGUAAUGAUGAGCUGCUCUUUCCCCCAUCUCUGGCAAAUUUGUCACCAGUUGAGGAGCAUGCUUUCAUCCAAGCCGUGGUUAUUAAUGUGACCAAAGUCAUCAAGAAUAACACUAUUGAAAGCCAAUGCAACAGAUGCAAGAGGGCACUUGCGGCAGCCAAACCUGCUGCUCUGUUUACUCCAACAAUGGCUCCUAAGGCCAUGGUCAGCUUGUGCCAGACGUUCAAAUUUGCCUCUAAUAAGACGUGUGAAGAGCAGUACUCUGCUCAUGCGAUGGGCACCAUCUGGACCCAGGUCUUGGCGUAUGCAGACGUCGAAGGUCUUGAUGGUCAGUACAUAUGCCAUGCACUCAAGAAGAGCUUCUGUCCUCAGCCCAAUACUCGUCCACUUGAUACAUCUGACUGGUUCUCCAAGCCCAAGCCUGCCAAUGCCCAUGCCCCGAAGGCGAGUGGGAAACGGGUGAAGGUGCUCCAUAUGUCGGAUUUCCACCUGGAUGCGCGAUAUGCCGUCAGCUCCGAGGCAAAUUGCUCAUCAUAUUUGUGCUGUCGCAGUGACAACUACAAUGAGCACUCGGAGGACAAGGUACUUGUUCCUGCAACCCCUUAUGGGAACUUCAGAUGCGAUACUCCAUACGAUCUUGGCCUCGCUGCUCUGCAGGCUGUGGGCCCGCUGACGGGUACGGGAAAAGAUUACUGUGAUGAGAACCUGGCAUGGACCAUUUACACGGGAGAUCUGCAAUCGCAUGACCCGGAACUACAGAUCUCUCAUGAAUAUCUUGAAUAUACCGAGACCAGCAUCUUUCAAAUGUUCAAGGAAUAUCUCACUGGGCCCGUGUUUGUCACGCUAGGAAACCAUGAUUCGGCCCCGUCCAACAUUGAUUCUCCCCACAACCUCCCAGGGCGUCUGGGUGAACAGUCGAGCUGGAACUACGAACAUGUAGCUCGUCUGUGGCAGCAUGAGGGCUGGAUCAGCAAUCAGACUGCAGAUGAAGCUGCAACGCACUACGGCGGUUAUUCUAUCAAAACCCACUACGGACUACGUAUUAUUUCCAUCAACACUGAUUUUUGGUACAGGUCGAACAUCCUCAAUUUUAUCAACACUACCAAUCCCGACAACUCAGGUAUGCUGGCCUGGAUGACCAAUGAGCUGCAAAAGGCAGAGGAUGCAGGUGAGCGGGUCUGGAUCAUCGGCCAUGUCCUCAGUGGUUGGGAUGGCUACAAUCCAUUGCCCGACCCAACCAACCUUUUCUAUCAAAUUGUGGACCGUUACUCGCCACAUGUUAUUGCAAAUACAUUCUGGGGUCACAACCACGAAGACCAAUUCAUGGUUUACUAUGCAAACAAUGGAAGCAUUCAGACCGCCGACACCGCGCUCUCAUCCGGGUGGGUUGCGCCCAGCGUCACACCUCUGACCAAUCUUAACAGCGGGUUCCGGCUGUACGAGGUUGACACCGGCGACUUCAAUAUCUACGAAGCUUACACAUUCUUCAGUAAUGUGUCGGAAUAUUCUUCUCUCAGUGAGACGGGCCCGAUCUUCCGGCCUGAGUACUCCACUCGUGAUACAUAUGGUCCAGCUGCUGGGUGGGACAAGCGAGCACCUCUUAACGCUACAUUUUGGCAUCGUGUCACCGAAGCCAUGGAGACUGAUAUUGGUCUGGUUACUAUGCAAAAUGCUCUGCAAGGAAAGCUGAGUGUCCAGAGUCCCAUCUGCAACACAACGGCGUGUCAAGAGGCCAAGAUCUGCUACAUGCGAAGUGGCAGUGCUGGGCUGGGGUACAAUUGCCCCCAAGGAUAUGGCUCCGUGCAGAGUGCUUUCACGGCGAAGUAA